GGAUAGCUUCACUCCUUCAGCUAUCGGCAGUCGCUCUUUCAAUCGCCAUUUCUACGAGUCCAAAGCUUUCUUUAUUUGAAUCCCAUACCGCCUACCAUCUAUCAGCCGAAAUGCAGCUCACUCUCGCCGCCGCGGCGCUCAUUGCGACCGCUUCAGCCUCUGCCGUUGCGAACAUUCACAAACGUACGGCCAACUUCAAUGCCACCUGCGACGAUAGCAAGCCCAAGGCCAAGGUUGUCAACCGCUGCUCCUACGCAGUCAAUGUUUGGUCGAUACAAAAGGAGCUCGGAUGCCCUGACGGCGCGGGUCUGACACUGAAUCCGGGUGAAUUCUACCAUGAGAACCUGAGGGACUCCUCUGACGGGACGGGAAUCUCCAUCAAGCUCUCCAAGUAUGAGACUUGCGGCGGCAACGAUCUUACCCAGCUGGAGUACUAUCUCAACCAUGCGACGGACUACCAGGGUAAUUACCUUGAUAUGUCUUUCGUCGAUUGCACAUCCGGAGACUGCCCCGGCUGGGACGAUGGGUUCUACUUCAAGGCCGGCAACCAGGAUGGCAUGUUCACGUCCGCUGUUGAUAACGAGCAUUGCCCCAUCUUCAGUGUCUACAACUCAGAGGAAGCCGCCAGGGUCUCCUACGUCAACUGGGACGACCGCCAGACCAAGUGGUGCGACCUUGACGCCAGCAUGGAGCUCUACCUAUGCGGCGGCGAAGCGCCUGGAGAGUCAUCUCCCGAGCCCUCUGCUCCUAGCAGCACCGAAGAAGCGGCUCCCAGCAGCACCGAGGUCUACGAGGAGCCGUCCUCCACUGAGGCCGCCGCUACAUCAGCCCCCGCAUACCAGGACGUUGCCGCUGCCGAAGUCACGCCAGCUCCCGUCCAGCCCGCCAACGUCAAGACCGAGUUUGUCUACACCACCGUGUAUGUCAAGGAGAAGAGGCACGCUCACGGCCACCGCCAUCAACACUUCCGCGCAUAAAUUAGCCCAUCACCUGUAUAUCGUUACCGACAUGAUUUGGCAUAUUCGGUGUUGGGCAAGCGGUUCCGUCGCAAUGCGCAUGCCGGAGUUCAAGAUACCACAUUUGAAGGAAGUAGGGGGAAGAAGACGAGGAAUAUACCAUUCCAACAUGUAAUGACGGUGUAGUCAGCGUCGCAGGCAAUUCACUUCCAUUCUACCAUAUCUUUAUCGACGCGCACCCGUCUUGCAUUGUGUUAACGUUUCGCUUUGCUAUCUUCGACCUUCCGCGCCUUCUCCUCGAUUUCGGCAUCACCACGAAUAGCGACAGGGGGCGGGUCUCACGGCGGUGUUUUCUGGUCACAUAUUCUCACGAUGUCACGAUAUACCACCUCAACCCCAUUGGCGUGCUGGAACAUAUUUUUUCCCUUUUGU